GUCUGGCAGCAUGGAGCUGCUGCUUCUCUGCGCUCUGUGCCUGGUCCUGGGGUGCUGCCAGCAAGGGGGCGCCCUAGAUGGAGGGCUGCUGUACCCCCGGGAAUCUCCCUCCAGGGAGCUGAAGGAGCUGGGAGGCCUCUGGAGCUUCAGGGCAGACUGGUCAGAGCGCAGGGAUGCGGGGUUUGUGGAAGGCUGGUACAAAAAGCCUCUCUCCCAGUCUGGGCCAGUGAUUGACAUGCCGGUCCCCGCCAGCUUCAACGAGAUCACGCAAGAUCCAAAGCUGCGUCAGUACAUCGGCUGGGUUUGGUACGAGAAGGAGGUGUUCCCACCAGCCCGCUGGCUCCUGAGAGAUCCUGGGACACGAGUGGUGCUCCGGGUUGGCAGUGCAAACUACUACUCGAUCGUGUGGGUGAACGGGGUCCAGGUGACUGAGCACGAGGGUGGACACCUCCCCUUUGAAGCCGAGAUCAACCACCUCCUCCGCGAUGCUCCAGGAGAGCCUUGCCGAAUCACCAUUGCUGUCAACAACACUCUGACUCCCCACACACUGCCUCCGGGGACCAUCCAUUAUAUGGAGAAUGAGUCCAUGUACCCCAAAGGCUAUUUUGUUCAAGACACACGGUUUGACUUCUUCAACUACGCUGGGAUCCACCGACCUGUCCUGUUGUACACGACCCCCUUGGCCUACAUUGAUGACAUCACCGUGACCACAGAUGUGAUGGGAAAUGUCGGCUUGGUGCAGUAUUUGGUUUCAGUCCGGGGCAGCUCCCGUUACUCCUUGACCCUGACGCUGCGUGACCAGGAUGGUGUCACUGUGGCAACUGGAAACGGGUCCGCUGGCGAGAUGAAAGUGGUGAACCCUCUACUCUGGUGGCCAUACCUGAUGCAUGAACAUCCUGGGUACCUUUACUACCUAAAGAUCACGCUUUCUGCCGAGGUGGACGGCACUGUCUCCGAAGACACUUACACGCAGCCGGUAGGCAUCCGGACUGUGCAGGUCACCCGCAACAAGUUCCUAAUCAACGGGAAACCGUUCUACUUCCAUGGGGUCAACAAACACGAAGACUCUGAUAUCCGUGGCAAAGGACUGGAUUGGCCCCUCAUCAUGAAGGACUUUAACCUCCUGCACUGGUUGGGCGCCAAUUCCUUCCGUACCAGCCACUACCCCUACGCCGAGGAGAUCAUGGAGCUUUGUGACGCCUAUGGCAUUGUGGUGAUCGAUGAGUCUCCGGCUGUGGGCAUGAGGGACAGCAUGAAUUUUGGUAACAAAAGCCUCCAGCAGCACCUCAUCGUGAUGGAGGAGCUGAUCCGCCGGGACAAGAACCGCCCCUCAGUCGUGAUGUGGUCAGUGGCCAAUGAGCCGGCCUCGUCGCUGGCCCCAGCCGGCUACUACUUCAAGACGGUGAUCGCUCACACCAAAGCCACGGACCCUACGCGCCCAGUCACCUUCAUCACGAACGCCAAUUACGCUCUAGAUCUUGGAGCCCCUUACGUGGAUGUGAUCUGCGUAAACAGCUACUUCUCUUGGUACCACGACUCUGGACACCUGGAGGUCAUCCGUCUGCAGCUGAACUCUCAGUUUGAGAACUGGUACCAAACACACCAGAAGCCCAUUAUCCAGAGCGAGUACGGAGCAGAUGCCGUCGCCGGCCUCCACAUGGACCCGCCUCUCAUGUUCUCUGAGGAAUACCAGGCGGCUGUGCUGAAGGAGUAUCAUGCUGUCCUAGACCAAAAGAGGAACGACUAUGUGAUUGGAGAACUCAUCUGGAAUUUCGCCGACUUCAUGACGGACCAAGGCACAACACGCGUUUUGGGUAACAAGAAAGGUAUUUUCACCCGCCAACGGCAACCCAAAUCGGCCGCCUUUGUCCUAAGGGAGAGAUACUGGAAGCUGGCUGAGGAAUGCAGGCCCCUUGCGCGGCCCAAUUACCAUAACAUUGGUUUGCCCCAAACUGAGGCCUCCAAGUGCACUUGACAUGCGCUGUUACGUUAAGCACAGCAGAAGAAAUUCAAGGAGAGGCACUACUGAGCAUCCAAAUAGAGACUAAAUUUCCGUGAUUGUUUUUGCUCCAAUGUGUUUUCUUCAUGAAAGCAGGGGAGGGACCGCAGCUCUGCUCUUCGGUAUGACAAAGCCAAAGGAACAUAAAUGAAAACGGACAAAGAUUUUCUUAUAGAACCAUUGAAUUGUAAAGUUGGGAUCCCUAGGGUCAUCUAGUCCAACCCCCUGCAAUGCAGGAGGAAUGUCAACUAAAGCAUCCAUGACAUUCUCAUUUUGAACAUGUUUGUAGAUUCUGGUUUACACAAAGCCAGUGUAGCUUUGUGUAACGAUCACCAAAAUCUCUAGGGUCUUUUUGAGAAGUAUGGUGUAUGAGCAAGAAGCUGCUGGAUCAGCAGAAAUGCUUGUUUAGUUCAGUGGCCAACCAGAUCCCUAUUCUGGGAAGCCCCCCGAGCAGGAGAUUAGCACAACAGACACACUCUUCCCACUUGUAAUUCACAGCAGUUGAUAGAGCAUAGCCAUAGAAUCAUAGAGUUGGAAG